CGCCCGGGGAUACCGCCCCCUCGUCGGCUCCGCCCCGGGCACGUCACAUGAGCCGGGCCGGGGACGGCUGGCGCGGGUAUGUUGGAGAACCAGAGAACUCUACUGAACAGAGCUGCUGAGGAGACUGUCUUCUCCCGGUCACCAUGUCCCCUGAGACCGCUGCAGGGGAUUCUAGCGGUGCCCUGACAGACCCAGCGGAGCCUGGAGCGUGUUACACACUGGCCUGAAUCCCCAAGAAAGCUGCUAUGGCAGAGCGGGACCGAGAGGCCCCCGUGCGGUGCUGUUCCUACCACACAGUGCAGAGGUGGUUCCCUGUCCUCAGGUGGCUGCCCCAGUAUUCUCUGGGGUGGCUGCAGCUCGAUCUCCUCGCUGGCGUGACCGUGGGCCUGACGGUCGUGCCGCAAGCGCUGGCCUAUGCCGAGGUGGCCGGCCUGCCAGUUCAGUACGGUCUCUAUUCCUCCUUCAUGGGCUGCUUUGUCUACUGCCUGCUGGGGACCGCAAAAGACGUGACGCUGGGUCCAACGGCCAUUAUGUCGCUGCUGGUCUCUUCCUAUGCGUUCCAUGACCCUGCCUAUGCCAUCCUGCUGACCUUCCUGUCAGGCUGUAUCCAGCUAGCCAUGGGUCUCCUGCACCUCGGUUUCCUACUGGACUUCGUUUCCUGCCCCGUCAUUAAAGGGUUUACCUCGGCCGCUUCGGUCACCAUUAGCUUCAACCAGGUCAAGAACAUCCUGGGGCUGCACAACGUUCCACGACAGUUUUUCCUGCAGGUGUAUCACACCUUCCAAAGAAUCGGGGAGACCAGGGCCGGGGAUGCUCUCUUGGGGCUGGUCUGCCUGGCCGUGCUUGUGGGGCUCAGGGCGAUGAAAGGCCACAUCCCCAGGAUCCAUCGGGUGGAGCUGUUGUCCGUCAGGAUCAGUCGUCUUAUCGUCUGGGCCACAGCAACAGCUCGCAAUGCACUCGUGGUCCUGUUUGCUGGCCUGGUCGCCUACUCCUUCCAGGUGAUGGGCUCCCAGCCGUUCACCCUCACUGGGGAGACGCCCCGGGGGCUCCCUCCCUUCCAGCUGCCACCUUUCUCCAAGGCCGAAGCCAACAGCACUGUGCCAUUCAGCGAGAUGGUGCAGGACCUGGGAGCUGGACUGGCUGUGGUGCCGCUCAUGGGCUUGCUGGAGACGGUCGCUAUUGCCAAGGCCUUCGCCUCGCAGAACAAUUACAGAAUUGACCCCAAUCAGGAGCUGCUGGCGAUGGGCCUCACCAACCUCCUGGGCUCCUUCGUCUCCUCCUACCCUGUCACCGGCAGCUUUGGGCGGACAGCGGUGAAUGCACAGACGGGCGUGUGCACCCCAGCAGGGGGGCUGAUAACAGGGACCCUGGUCCUGCUCUCCCUGGCCUACCUGACUUCGCUCUUCUAUUACAUUCCCAAAGCGGCUCUGGCUGCUGUGAUCAUUUGCGCCGUGGCCCCGAUGUUUGACGCCAGGAUCUUCAGAACACUGUGGCGGGUUAAAAGGCUGGACCUUGUGCCGCUGUGUGUGACGUUCCUGCUGUGCUUCUGGGAGGUUCAGUACGGCAUCGUGGCCGGCAUUCUGGUCUCUGGCGUUCUCCUGCUCUACACCAUUGCCAGGCCCAGGAUCAAGCUUUCAGAGCACGGGGUGCUUCUCAUGCAGCCUGCGAGCGGUCUGCAUUUCCCCGCUGUUGAGUCCCUCCGAGAUGCCAUGCACAGAUGGGCUCUGGCAGUGUCUCCGCCACGCUGCGUCAUCCUGGACUGCACCCACGUCAGCAGCCUGGAUUAUACCGUGGUGAUGGGGUUGGCAGACCUGCUGCGGGAGUUCCAGAAAAGGGGCGUCACCCUGACCUUCUCUGGCUUGCAGGGCCACGUUCUCCAAGUCUUGCUGUCUGCAGAUCUGGAGGGAUUCCAACAUUUCCCCAGCGUGGAGGAGGCGGAGAAGGGCCACAGCGCAGAGCUGGAUGGCAGGUGCCGCGUCCUGCUUCACGGCGCCAGCGGGAACAUGCUGCCAGAGUCCGGGCUUAUCCAGUGAGGAUCAGCAGCCUCUGCCCGUUUGCCCGCCCAGGUGGCGGAGGGUCUCCUUGCCUGGGACUGGCACCUCCUGGAUGCUCUGGACACGUGCCACCCCCUCACCCCUGCCCUGGGUAGUUCCGAGUGCACUUUAGGGUAAUACAGCUGUGGUGAUGCUAUCUGGGGAGGGGACGAACACCUGGUCUCGCCCCUUUGGGCUUGUUUCUCCAUUGCUGUGUCCCGGGGAGCACUGAGCCAUCUGUCAUUGUAAGAGCUGGUUGCUAGCUGGUGGUGGGAAGCUUACUGUUUCCGGGGAUAGCACUGCCCCCCCAGGGGAAGGGGACAUUGCCUUCCAGGGCCCCUUGUACCCUCCUUGGUUUAUGUUUCCACUGAAUCGCCCUGGCUUUUGGGGAAGGUGGUGGUGGCAGCGGGAUGGGGUGGAGGGUAUCUGAAUAUCAGGGGACAAUCGGAGCAGGGACGGGCAAUGGAGAAUCCAGCCAAGCCCUCGACGGUCUAUGCAGGCUGCCUGGAGAGUACAGGCAUUACAGAUGCUGGGCCAGAUUGAGACCUGUCGAGUGUGCCUGGGCUCUCUGGCCAGAGCUGAUCUCGGGGGCUUAGUGAGGGCUCUAGCACUUUAGUGACAUUAUGGACAAGGGAAUGAUAGUCCAGAAAGGGAAUUAUGGGGUGACAUGGUCUGCAAAGGGGUGGAGGGAACGCAGCAGUGUCUGGGUGGGAGAACUGGGCUUUGGAGGAGGUGCUUGGGGGGGCACCAGGACUCAGAUUCCUCAGUUUAAAGUUUCAGAGUAACAGCCGUGUUAGUCUGUAUCCGCAAAAAGAAGAACAGGAGUACUUGUGGCACCUUAGAGACUAAUAAAUUUGUUAGUCUCUAAGGUGCCACAAGUACUCCUGUUCUUCAGUUUAAAGGUAGUUUUUAGCUGUUACCAGCAAUAGGAAACAAACUGCCCCCUCCCCACCCCCAUGCACUGCACCCUCUGCAGUGCUCAUCACACCUCCUGGCUGAUAUCACACUCCCACACCACCCUGGUUCCAGACACAACUCCGCACAUUCCCGAGUCCACAGGCAUUUCACACCGGAUCGCCCCAAGGUCUGUCCAGACGAGCAUCCCGGCUCCAGCAGUGGCCAGUACCAGAUGCUUCAGAGGAAGGUGUGAGAAAUCCUGCAGUAGGAAGAUGUGGGAUAAUCUGCCUCCCUUUGAAAAUCUCCUGACUCCCGCUGGAGGUUGGCUGGUGGAGGUUCUCUUCCCAAACUCUGCUUUUAGUAUUUAUUAUUACAACCCUGCAUCUUCUUGUUGUUCAUAUCAAUGUCCAAUGCCCCUUUGACUUACAGCCUUUCCCUAUUAAUGCAGUUUCAAGGAUACAGUAGCUGUCCUCUGUGACCAAGGACAAGUCUCUCAGCUCUAGGAAUCGGGGUGAUACCUGUUCAUGCCACUGGGAGAGGGAGAGUUUUGAGAAUUUCAUUUGUAACCUAAAAAAGAAUAGGAGUACUUGUGGCACCUUCGAGACUAAC